AUGCUGGUCUCACUUCCUCAAGUACGCCCAACCCCGAAUCCACUUGCUAAGGAGAUUGCUAUUCUCGGAGGAGGCAUUACCGGUCUCAGCACGGCGCAUAACAUAACCCGGUGUAUUCCAAAUGCCAAAGUCACAAUCUAUGAAGCGAGUAGUCGACUUGGCGGAUGGCUCAACUCGGAACUGGUUCAAGUAGACGACGGAGAAGUUCUCUUCGAAUGGGGUCCACGCACUAUACGCCCAGACUUUGGAGGCGCAGGCGUGGCUACCCUUGACCUGGUGCGAAUGUCUCAAAGUCCCUAG